CGUCGCAGUCAAUGAAUGCAACAUACCCUUGGCUACUUGGAUGAAGGCGGUGCUACUGGUGCCAAAGCAGCAGGGCCUUGCCUUUGUGGUUGUAGAAAGAGAAGAUGGCUCCCGUUCUGGAGAAACAGCUCCCGGGCGCAGCCGGGGCAGGCGACAAUAACAACGAAGAGGAAGAAGGACAAAACAUUUGGACCUCAAUACUGAGUGAAGUUUCAACUACAUCGAGUUCAAAGUUGCCAUCAGGAAAGAAUAUCCUGAUAUUUGGUGAAGAUGGAUCAGGAAAAACGGCACUUAUGUCCAAACUUCAAGGAGCUGAUCACAACAAGAGAGGGAGGGGACUGGAGUAUCUGUACCUAAAUGUCCAUGAUGAGGACAGAGAUGACCUUACUCGCUGUAAUGUGUGGAUCCUGGAUGGAGACCUAUACCACAAAGGCCUACUUAAGUUUGCUGUUUCAGCUCAGUCUCUACCUGACUGUCUAGCUGUGUUUGUUGCGGAUAUGUCACGACCCUGGACCAUUAUGGAGUCAUUGCAGAAGUGGGCCAGCGUGCUACGUGACCAUGUGGACAAGCUCAAGAUCCCACCAGAGGACAUGAGAGAAAUGGAGCAGAACAUGGUGAAAGCAUUCCAGGAGUACACAGAACCAGAGGAUGCUUCCACAUCCUCCCCACAGAGACGGGCCCCAACAGCAGGGGAAGACGAGGCUGUUGUGCUACCACUUGGGGACAACACACUCACACACAACUUGGGCAUUCCAGUGCUAAUAGUUUGCACAAAGUGUGAUGCAGUCAGCGUCCUAGAGAAGGAGCACGACUUCAGAGAUGAGCACUUCGAUUUCAUCCAGUCCUACAUCAGGCGAUUUAGCUUACAGUAUGGAGCUGGCCUGAUCUAUACUUCAGUCAAAGAAGAGAAGAACCUGGAUCUGCUUUACAAAUAUAUAGUGCAUAAGAUGUAUGACUUCAAGUUCACCUCACCGGCCUUAGUGGUGGAGAAGGAUGCAGUGUUCAUUCCAUGUGGAUGGGAUAAUGAAAAGAAAAUUGGGAUUUUGCAUGAAAACUUAACAACAGUCAGACCCGAGGACCCAUUUGAAGAUUUUAUCACAAAGCCUCCAGUACGAAAGCUGGUCCAUGACAAAGAGAUAAAUGCAGAGGACGAGCAGGUAUUCCUGAUGAAGCAGCAGUCUUUGUUAGCAAAGCAGCCAGCCACACCAACAAGAGGAGCAACAGAGUCUCCGGGACGGACAACUUCAGGGUCUCCCAGGCCUGCUGGUCGUGCCGGCCAAACCAACGUGACCAGCGGCUCACCAAUGGCUGCUGUGAAAAAGCCUGACCCUAACAUGAAAGCGGGGGCUGCCAAUGAGGGAGUGCUGGCUAACUUCUUCAACAGUCUGUUGAGUAAAAAGACUGGAGCCCCGGGGAGCCCGGGGAGCCCAGGAAGUGGAGCCGUUGGAGCUGGAGUGCAAGGGUCUGCCAAGAAAACAGGGCAGAAGCCGGGUUUGACUGACGUCCAGGCGGAGUUGGACCGGAUGACUCGGAAACAAGACUCCAUGGUUUCAGCUAACAACAUACCACCGCCGACCGAGAACGAAGCGUGAAGGCAACAAAAACAGCUGCAUCGUCCACUGCGUUAAUACUCUGGAAAUAUACAUGUACAUGUGAGCAUAAAAAUAUUGACCAAAUUCCCAAUGUCUAUAUUAGUCAGCACACACACAGUGGUUUCACCAAAAUGAGUUUCAGAUGCUAUCAGAUAUUUUUGUGUUCUGGUGAGAUAGGAAGAGAGACAUAACGAAGAUGAUGAUGAUGAGAUGUUAAAUGCUGAAAGCUUGGCUUUAUUUCUGUCCUCUCUUCCACUGUAAAUGUUAUUUUGUGAGGGAUGUCAGUUUAUUGAAAUGUGUGCACACUCCCAGACAGCCAGCCUGAUGCGCUGGACUGCAGGCCCCCCAGCUUCUGGGGUAAAACAAGUUUAAAGAGUGGAAAUAUACCCGUCAUGUGGCCUCUGGGUCAGCUUAUCUCAUGGAAGGAAUUUGGUCGCAAUUGGAAAGGUAUUUAAACUUUAAAUAUAUUAAUUGAAAAAAGUAAUUAAAAUACUUGCAAACAUAUGUAGUAUGUAAAAUAAAAAUAAUACUGAUUUAUUUAUACAAAACUCCUUUUUAUUUUAUUUUGUGCACCAUUUAUCGGUUAAACAUCUGUAUCGCACAACAUGUUAAAAUGCCACUGACGUCAUGACACUAAUAUGACGAGUCCAGAUAGCUGAUAGCAUAUCAUACCAUUUGCCCUAUUCAUCUCGAAGGAUUCUGUAAAUAUAAAUACAAAAAAAAUCUAUUCAGGUUAACUUUGAUUUUGUAUAAAAUGCAAUUUUGUCCAAAUUCUGAAAAUAGCUUCUUUGCUAAAUGAGACAAGUUGGUUUAGACUUAGAGGUUGCGAUGGAACUGCUUCUUAAACUACAGGUGUGUACAUUUAGGGAUGGGGUUGGGCAGCAUCUUUCCUACUAUAACUCCUAAGUGCCUCGCACAGUUAGCUGUUUGUGUCAUAGUAGAGGUGCUUGUCUACGUAAGAGGAAGUGCACUGUAGCACCAUCGGUCUUUUUUGUCCAUUUCUUGACAUCCAAAUAAUUUAUUUCGUUUUACAUUAUUGUUAAUGUACAACAAGCCUGUAGUGUGUGUGUGAAAUAAGAUUUCUGCGGCCUAGUUGUUGGUAUUCAAUAGAGCAAUAGAUUGAAUGCCUUCAUACAAACUGUAAAGGCUGCUGAUAUUAAGAAGAAACCACACGAUGGAACUUUUGGGUCCCCCAGAGGAACACUUACUGUGGUUGAAACCACUCGCUUUGCAGCCAAAAGACACACUGAUUUGCUGUGGUUUGAUCAAAAGGAGAUAUUGUAUCGUUCAGUGUCUGACAGCACUGUCCUCCUUUUUGGUUUCACAUGUUUUAUUCACACUGUACUUUGUAUGUCGGUUAACACAUUCCCAGUUUCUACGUAAAGUAGCUGUAGAAACGCAUCCCUGUAGUGAAACCUGUUAGUCCAGUCCAGUCUUUUCAUUCAGUCCCCUUCAGUGCGCAUUUAAAAUAACGACCUUUGCCUUCAAUGUACAGCUAACAGUUUGUCGCACUGGCCACCCUGCCUUCACAGGAAUGCUCCUAAUUAAUGUGUGUGUCCUUAAGGGGUUGCUCAAUUGUGUUCUGUCAUUUCUUUUUUUCUUAAACCAUUAUACUGUACCAUAUCAAAUCUGUAAUAAUAUUUAUGGUUUCAUGUCACCAUAAUCGAAUCAAAAUUAAGUGUACAUUAUCAAUAAGUCUGUAUGCAAGGCCCUACUUAAUCUUAUGGAUAGUGUACAUCCGUAGCUGUCACAUAAUUAAUGGGAAGUGUGAGGAGAGCAGCUAUUUGCUAUUCAAAUAAUGGCAAUAAAGGAAAACUGGAGUGAAUUAGGACAUGGAACCAAAGAUUCAUAUUAGUCACUAUUUUCUGCUUUUUUUAUAGUUGGUAAUCAUCCAUAAGAUUAACCAGUGGCCACUGUUUCGUCCCACUCUUGCUUGAAGCCCUUGUAUUCCAAACUUCAGACCUGCUUAUGAACUCUUGUUUUGAAUAACACCCUAAUGGUAGAAAUGCCUUACUCCACCCAACCAUAUCUGGGGUUUCAUGAGUCAAAGGAAAAGCAAUGCCAUAAUUGUGUACAGUAGAUUAUGGUAAAUUCUCUAAACUGGUCUACAAAUGCAAUGCAGUAAGGGAAUAACCACAAGACCAUAUUGGUGUACAGUCUACUUUAUGCAUUAUUUGAUUUAUCAGAAAGAUGCAACACAACUGUUCUGGAUUUACUUUUGAUCAAAAUGAAGCUCUUGUUUAUAUUUUUCCUUUUUUUUUGUGACUUGGUGGAAUGUGCACCUGAGGGUCUGUUGCCGAGGUGGAUGAAGCACAAUGUAAGAACAGCCAGGAGCAGUACUUUCACAUGUUGAAAUAAGCACUUUUCCUUGGACACUUGUAUCAAUUCCCUGUUGCUACAGUUAAGAUACUGAAUGCAUAUUCUUUUCUUUUUGCCUUGCCUUUUUUAGAAAAUUUAGUAAUGAACCUAGAAGUUAAUCUACACGGUAAAACUGCAUAUUUAUCUGCAUUUGCUGCUUAAAUUAUGGACGGUGCCCCUGGUGGUUAACUAUGGAAUGCCUGCUUUCUGCUGAUGUAAAUGUAAUCAAUCCUUCAGAAAUCAUUCUCAUUACACCUUUGCUAGGGACAUUUUUUUGGGACAUCUUGAAGUAGAUAAACCGAAAUAUAUGUCCAUACAUUUUUCAGGUUUUACCUUUUUCCCAUGAAACACCUUGUUUAUGUUUACAUCCUAAUUAAAACUUGUUUGUGUUGUCAAAUAUGGCUUUGCCCAUUGACACUUUUCUGUUUUAAAAAUAAUUUUGAAAGGCCACCCUAACCUGACUGACCACACUGACAUUUCUUCUUAAAACAUGGCCACACUUGUGGAACAAGUGCUCUCAUGCUGCUUGGUUUCAAAGUUGCACUCGCUCUUUGUACAGGUUGUAUGUUGCUCCCAAGAUUGAAUAAUGAACAGUUGUUGUAACUUUUGUACUCAAACGUCAGUUGAAAGCAACUGCCUCCUCACAUCCUAACUGAAUUGCCUUCGACCACUAUUGACAGUCUACAUCUAUACAACACUCUGAGCUUCUGCUUCCAGGCCUUUUUGUAUCCAGGAUAUCAAGACAUUGUAAGCACAUGGCUGGCUGCAUUGUUGUGUCCUGAAUUAAUUCAGAAGUUUGAUUGUAUGACUUUUAACACAAUUCUGUAGCCUUUUAAGCUGCCAUGUGGAUUCUCGCUUCUUACGCCGACAAAGAUAAGGAAAAUGUUUAUCAGACCCCUGGCUUCAAUAAAACCAAGAAUCCAAACAUU